UGUCUGCCAGCCCGAGCCCGCCACCACCCCAAACGCGCCCGGAAAUUCCCAUAACCGACUUAUCAUGUCGAAAAUGCAGAAAUCCUCCUCCUCCUCCUCCUCCUCGUCCUCGAGCUCCUCAACACCACCACAGCUCGUCGCACUACCAUCACUAUCCUGCCAGCUCUCGUCCUUGCCCCAGGCCAGGAGCAUGGACCACCUAUCGCUGCACCACAACUCCAUGUCAUCCCAACGAGCCGCGGAGAGUGAGGCGAAGCUCGUCAAAGUCCUCUCUAAGACGUCUGGAUCGCAUCCGGUCCCGUUCUCGCAGGGAUAUUCAGCCUCGCCGUCAAUGGCGCACGGCUCCUACUCACCAAACAACAACUCGCCUCCGCUGAUGAUGCGAAAACCUGUCAAAAAAAUCUCCGCGUGAGGUCCGCCGUCGGCUACACCGAAACCACGCUCUAUAGACGUUCCCGACUGUGUCGCUCGCGCUGUCGCGCUCUUUCGCUCGUCCAUCUCUCUCCGUCUCGCCUCUCGCAUGGGACUUUGCAGCACCUACGUAUUUGUAGCUGUGCGCCGACGCUUCGUCACGACUCGACCAAAAGCUCUCGCUCGUACAUCUGAUCCUCGCUCUCCGCCACUAGACGUCCGCGAUCCCCUCGUGCCUACUGUUACCGCUACCAUUAUAUCCUCUCGCACCGCAUGAUAUCCGCGCAUCCUUUCUUGCAACAUCUCGCAUCCUCCUCUACCGCACAUCCUCGCACAUCCUGGGGCUUUUGGGGUCCAGUCAUUAUCAGUCGCAUCUUGUGUCUCUAUACAGCUACUGUGGAAUAUAUUAGUCGGCCUGCUGUACCUCUGCAUACUGGUACAAAUACACAGGGCACACAUUCACGUCGUGA